AGGCUACUGUGGCCUACUACUAUUCCCUUUGUUCCUCAGCCAGCUCCCUUCCCUCCUCGGCAGGUAAGCACCCAAACCCCAUGGACACGGAAGGCUCCACAUCCUGUAUCUCUGUCCACCACAGGGACAAAGUCACAUCCCCACAAUUCCCUCUCAGCUCACAAGCCCCAUCCCCACAUCCAUAUCGACACAACACAGGAAGCUUCGUUCCCAUCCCUCCAUUCCCCACCACCUGCAGUCUGAACUCUGAAGAUUACUCAUGGCCUAGGAGAGUUCUUGGGGGAUUGGUUCUGGUGAGAAGGACGCGAAAGGCGAUGCCUUUCAGCAGCAUGAUCCAGGAGAUGAAGGGCGAGAUCGGCGCAAUCUCGCGGCGCGGCCUGCUGCGGUCGCGGUCGCACAGCACGGGUCGCGUCCAGCGAGUGGAGGAGCCGGACGAGGCGGCGAUGCGGGAGAGUUCCUGGGCGCACGUCCCCCCGGAGCUCCUGCGGGAGGUGCUGGCGAAGGUCGAGGCGGUGGAGGCGCGGUGGCCUGGACGCGGGGCCGUCGUGGCGUGCGCCGGCGUCUGCCGGGGCUGGAGGGGCGCCGUGAAGGAGAUCGUGCGCGCGCCGGAGGCGUCCGGGAGGCUUACCUUCCCCAUCUCUCUCAAGCAGCCUGGCCCAAGGGAUGCCCCUCUUAAAUGUUUCAUUAGGAGGAAGCGGGCUACUCAGUCAUAUUUUCUGUGCAUUGGAGUCACUGACGCAUUAGCUGAUGAUGGGAAAUUCCUACUUGCUGCACGCAAAUACCGAAGGCCAUCAUGCACUGAAUACCUGAUUUCAUUUGAUGCGCGUGAUACGCCAAAGGGGAAUGGUACCUAUAUUGGCAAGUUAAGAUCAAACUUCUUGGGCACAAAGUUUACUGUCUAUGAUGCCCAUCCACCUUGUGCCGGAGCUGUGGUUUCGAAGGGUCCAUCUGCACACAUGAUCGGUUCAGCCCAAGUUUCUCCCAUGAAGCCUCCACCUGCUGGGAAUUAUCCAGUUUCGCACAUUUCUUACGAAGUGAAUGUCUUGGGUUCUAGGGGGCCAAGAAAGAUGAACUGUGUUAUGGAUUCUAUCCCUGUAUCAGCGAUUAAAGGAGGGACUGCUCCCACACAGACUGAAUUUCCAUCUAGUAACUCCAGCUCCUUCGCAUCAGUUCCAUUCUUUGGAUCGAAAUCAGGCCGACUGGAUAGUUCAGGUGCUCAAUUAACCACUCAGAAUGAAAGUAAGGUGGCGCUGAAGAACAAGUCCCCGAGGUGGCAUGAACAGCUUCAGUGCUGGUGCCUCAAUUUCCAUGGACGGGUGACGGUUGCGUCCGUAAAGAACUUCCAGCUGGUGGCUUCAGAUGAGAGUGAUCCAACUCCAAGUAACCAGGAGGAGGAUGAUGACGUUAUACUCCAGUUUGGCAAGAUAGGGAAGGACCUAUUCACCAUGGACUACCGCUACCCCAUAUCUGCAUUUCAGGCAUUUGCCAUCUGCCUGAGCAGCUUUGACACCAAAAUUGGUUGUGAAUGAAUCAAGGUGCAGGGCAUAUCGAUAAUCACAGAAAGUCGAAUGAAAGCAAGCAAGGACAAUCUAUACUGCUUGAGUUUCAAGCUGGCGAGUUUGGUGAAUGGUGAUUAUGGAGCUGGAUACUUCUAUUCUAUAAUGUCGUGAUGUAAAUAGCAAUCUAGCUAUAGUGUUGGGAAGUCUGAACGACUGAACACCAGAGGUCCAGAGUGUCCUCUAGUAUUUCGCUUUCGAUUCAGCGUUUGAGUUCAGAUUAAAAUGGAGAGGUCAUAUAUUCAUAUUUGUAUCUAUGUAUGCAACCUGCUAUUUCAAAUGACCCUUCUGAGAUGCCAGAAGGCGUCGCACCUGAAUAUAUUGACAAGGGUUUUUCAAAAAAAUAUAUUGACAAAGGGUUCAAAAUA